GGGGCCCCACCCGACGGGCCCGGCAGAGGCAGCCUCGCCAUCCUCGGCCCCGACCGUCCGCCCGCCCGCAGCCAGCCCGAGGCAAGAGGAGGAAGGGACAGAGCCCGCGGCCCGCAAAGCGCCAUGGGCCAAGCCCUACAGGUGUCGAGGUGCGACUUGCAGCCGUCGAGGAACAACGCGGCGCACCGCACGGCGGCCGUCAGCACCGAGCGCCUGGUGGUGCGGCGCGGGCAGCCCUUUGCGCUCACCCUCCACUUCCGAGAGCCCGGAGCCCCCCGGAGGUACCUGCGCAAGACCUGCCUGGUCGCCCAGACGGGGCAGCGGCCAUCCCAGGCGGACGGGUCCCUGGUGCGCUUCCCCAUCUCCCGCCGGGGCCGCCAGAGCGGCUGGGAGGCUUUCGUGGACGCCCCCGAGAGCCUCUCUUGGACGCUGACCGUGACUUCGCCCGCCGACGCCGCCAUCGGCCGAUACUCCCUCCUGCUGCAGCAUGGCCGAGGGGCUCCGCGCCCGCUGGGCACCUUCACGCUCCUCUUCAACCCCUGGUGCCAAGAGGACAGCGUCUUCCUGCCCAACGAGGCGCAGCGCCAGGAAUACGUGUGCAAUGAGGAGGGCACCGUUUACUGGGGGCUGGAGGAGGCGCCCCAGCAGCAGCCCUGGGACUACGGCCAGUUCGAAGAGGACAUCGUGGACCUCAGCCUGGCCCUGCCGGCCAUCGGCCUCUUCUGGUUGCAGGACGCGCCCUGCGCCCAGCGCAGCGACCCUCUCCACGUCUGCCGCCUGGUCAGCUCCAUGCUGAAUAGCAAGACGCACCAAGCGAUCCUGGAGGGUGGCUGGACCGGGGACUACAGCGACGGGACGUCCCCUUUCCAGUGGCCGGGCAGCGUCCCCAUCCUGCGCCGGUGGCUGGCAGCGCGAGGGCAGCCUGUCCGCUACGGGCAGUGCUGGGUCUUCGCGGGGGUCCUGUGCACAGUGCUGCGGAGCCUGGGCAUCCCCACCCGCGUGGUCACCAGCUUCGCCUCCGCCCAAGACACGGCCGGCCGCCUGCGCGUGGACGAAUACUUCGACGAGAGCGCCGCCCUGAUCCCCGGCCUCUCCGAGGCUGCCGUCUGGCCUUUCCACGCCUGGAACGAGUGCUGGAUGGCCCGUCGGGAUCUGCCCCCCGGCUACGACGGAUGGCAAGCCGUGGAUGCCACGCCUCAGGAAGAGGGCAGCUACUCCUCGUUUUGCGGGCCAGCCCCUGUCCGGGCCAUCAAGGAAGGCCGUCUGGACCUGCCCUACGACGUCGCCACCUUCUUCGCAGCCACCAACGCCACCUGCGCUGCCUGGGUGCGACAGGACAACGGGGACUUCCAGCGUGCCUUUUCCUCCACGAAGUUCGUGGGCAACAACCUCAGCACCAAGGCAGUGGGCAGCGACCGGUGCGAGGACCUCACACACCACUACAAGCACCCGGAAGGGUCUGCUGCAGAGAGGGCUGUGCUGAACAAGGUCUCUCACGAACAGGAGCGGCUCCAAGACCAGAUUGAGGGGGACAGCAGCCCCCCUCAGCCUCCACUCGCCCCUCCGGCCCAGGAAGACGACACAGAACCUCUCCUCUUUGCCCACAUCCAGGCCAAGAGCUCCUGGCCGCUGGGGCAAGACGCCCCAGUCUCCGUGUUGGUGGUGAACCGGACUGGGGAGGAGAAGAGCCUGGCACUGGUUCUGGGUGCCCAGCCACUGCAGUAUGAUGGCAAGGCCCUGGCGCAGUUCUGGAAGGAGGAGUAUCACUUCACUCUCCCCAGCGGGCACGAGGAAGCCCUGAGCACCACGCUGCCUUACGCAGAAUACGGCCCAGCCCUGUGCAACAACUCCCUCUUCCUGAAGCUGACGGCGCUGCUGAGAGACACGGCCUCCCAUAGCAACCACCUGGCCUGGCAGGAAAUCCGCUUCUGUGCCCCCGGACUCAACAUCCAGGCUUGGAGACAUCCCAGCUGGCAGCAGCACAGCGCUGAGGAUCCCCUUCACGCCGACCCAGGCGGGGCCCCGGAGGCUGACAGUGCAUGUAGAGAGCCCCCUGCUCCAGCCCCUCAAGGCCUGCAGGACCAUCCAGGUGGGGGCAGCAGCUUAGAGCUUCUCCAAAGCAACAGGACCCCCUCCCCCGCAUUACCAUUAAAUGCACUUGGAGUGACACCCGCAGACCGUGGCUCCUUCUUCAUCAGCCCAGCGCCAGCAGAAGGGGGGCUGUGGGGGAGCUCUUUCCAAAAGCAGCAGCUCCCCUGUCCCCAAAGCAAGCUGGCUGCUCUCCUGCACUGCUGUUUAGCAGGUAGAGCCAAAGGACAAGCGGCACCUGUGCAGCUCCCUCCUUCCUCUGCGUUAUGUCUCGGCCUGCAAUCUCCUUGGGGCAGAGACCUGGCUUCCUCCGGUGCUUUGUGAAGCCCC